UCCGCGCGAAAGAUACACCCUCGACCCGCCUCCGGCUGUGAUGAAAUGAAAUCUCCUUCCACUAAGUCCGCCCUCCACCUUCUCCUGCCUCCUCCGUCUACAAAAACACCCGCUCUAUAAUCCGCCACCCAGCAGCCGAUCGGACCUCCUCGUCGGACGAAAAAACCAUUCAUCGCCGAGCAAAACAAUGGCGAAGAUCGCGCUCGGAAGCCGGCAGGAGGCCGCCGAGCCGGACUGCAUCCGCGCCGUCCUCGCAGAGGUCGUCCUCACCUUCCUCUUCGUCUUCGCCGGUGUCGGCGCCGCCAUGACCGCAGGGAAGAUGGCGGGAGGGGCGGACACGAUAAUGGGUUUGACGGCGGUUGCGGUGGCGCACGCGCUGGUGGUGGCGGUAAUGAUAUCGGCGGGGCUCCACAUCUCCGGCGGCCAUCUCAACCCGGCGGUGACGCUAGGACUCGCCGUCGGCGGCCACAUCACCCUCUUCCGGUCUAUCCUUUACAUCAUCGCCCAGAUGCUGGGUUCUUCCCUGGCUUGCCUCCUCCUCAAGUACCUUACCGGGGGAAUGGAUACUCCAAUUCAUGCUCUUGCUGCUGGCAUUGGCGCCGUCCAAGGUGUAAUUAUGGAGAUAGUCCUCACCUUCUCCUUGCUCUUCUCCGUCUAUGGCACCAUUGUGGACCCAAGGAAGGGUAUUAUAGCCGGCCUGGGCCCUCUUCUUGUUGGGCUUGUAGUUGGGGCUAACAUCCUAGCUGGCGGGCCUUUCUCGGGUGCAUCCAUGAACCCAGCUAGGUCCUUUGGGCCAGCCUUGGCCAGCUGGGAUUGGACCGACCACUGGAUCUAUUGGGUUGGGCCACUAAUCGGCGGUCCGCUUGCUGGGUUCAUCUACGACCAUCUUUUUAUCAUAAGGACUCAUGAACCUCUCCCACGGGAUGAUGGUUUCUGAUGGUCCAUUUAGCUUUCGAUUAAAAGGAUCUUGGUGGUAGUGAUGUUUUAAUCGUAUCAUCAUCUAUGUUUUGUGUAGUCUGUGAAACAUGUACCUGCCUACUUGCUAGAUUUGCCUACAUGAUUGUCAUGUUCAAGUCGGGCCUUCUCAUUUGCACUUUGUGAAACGAAUGUCCCAUGUAUUUCUGUCAUUAUGUUCAUGGAUAUUUUAUUUGUAUUGAUUUUCUAAA